AUGGGGUGGCUCAUCCGCCUGGCGAUUCUUUGCGCCUUCCUCGCAAGGUACUAUACCCCGGUCGUCCACUAUCUCACAGUUUUUGGGGUAUCCCGAACACCGACCCCCGCGGUGCGACUGGCCACGGAACCGUCCUUCGUGAAGAUCGAGGAUACGGUGGUGUGCGAGGAUUUGCACUAUUAUGAGCCAGCUGGGAAGAUCUUCACAGCGUGCGAAGACCAUUAUGCUUCGCGUUUCCAGUGGUUUCCUCCGUUGGGACACCUGGAGGGAACCGGGGAGACAGUUGGGUCACUCCAUGUCAUCGAUCCCAAGAAUUUCCAAGGCCCGUUCGUUACGCAUGGAAUCGACGUGAUUGCGGAUCCCACCCGGUCUAGUGCUGUCUAUAUCUUUGCGGUCAACCAUUUGCCGAAUCCGGAAUAUGAUGGAACGGGGCACACUUUCAAGGCCCGCUCACAGAUCGAGCUUUUUCACCAUGUCCUGGGCUCCGGGGUCGCCAGACACGUACGUUCGAUUCGCCAUUCAUCGAUCGUCACGCCGAACGACAUUUAUGCCGAAAGUCCGUCCUCCUUUUAUGUCACAAAUGACCACUACUACCGCCACGGUCUGAAACGAAUGAUUGAAGAUGUGUCCCCGUGGGCUCAAUGGACCGACGUCGUUCACGUCCGGCUGGAGCAAAUGGAAUCCGCAGAUGCGGAAGCUGGAAUCAAUGCAACGACAGCAUUGACGGGGAUCCGAACGAGCAACGGUAUAGGUUGCGGUCGGAACGAGGAAGAAAUGCUGGUAUGCAGUGCCCUUGGUGGGAUCAUGUACCGGGCCCGAGCGGAUUCCGAAAGUCGCAGUAUCUCCAUUGUGGAUGAAUUUCGAUUCGACAGCACGAUUGAUAAUCCUAGCUACUUUGUUGACCCUUACCGGACCCCUUCCCAUGACGCCAGCGGGUAUGUUCUGGCCGGCCUGCUAGGGGCUGCGAACCUUACACGGUCCCAUGGGGACCCCAACGCUCGGGAUGGCGUUAUGGUUUGGCAUGCUCGACGGAAGGCGAUGGCCAAUGGGACGACAUCCGCAGACUGGGAAACUCGCCUUAUCUUCGAAGACGACGGAAGUAAUAUCCACACCGGCAGCUCGGCCGUUAUGGUGCCAACUGAUUCGGCCAAACGAGCGCGACUGUUUGUAACCGGCUUCUCUUCGGAACACAUUGUUGCAGUCGAGGUGGAGCUAUAG